AUGGGAGUCAUUCUUCUAGUUAAUAUGAUGAUAGCCCUACUGUCUAACACUUACCAGCGAGUUGAGGUAACAUUGACCGCAUUUGUUUGAUCUAUUGACAACACUCUUGUUGCUAAAGCCCUGGCCAACUAUUCAGCAAAAUUGGAUCUCACCACCCAACAUUGGUUUAUUCAAACGCUAAGACAGGCAUACAACGCAAACAAUAUGUGCUUCGACGAAGCAGGGCGUUGCUGGUUUAUUGCAACUGAAAACGUAGCGCUAGUUCGAAACCAGCUCUUCGAUGACGAUUUUAUAAUGGUCACGCAAGGGUAGUAUACUCAUUCAUACAGUUAUAUCUGUACAAUACACUCUUGCUUUCAAUAUCUUGAGGGUUCGUGUUUCACUAUGUUUUUUGGCACAGUAAGAAUAUAUUUUUUGUUCAUUAUUUUUUUUCUCUCUCUCUGUACUCUACAGCUGAACGCCGCGGCGCUGUUUUUGUCAAUCGUCGAAUCAUAGCAAAAAUCUUCUUAAGUCGGUCAGCUGGUUAUGAAUACUUGGAGGUAGAAACAAGAGCAAUAUUUUGAGUGAAUAAUAAUGGUUGUUAUCUUGUGCUCUUUUGAGGAUAACUCCCUGAAAGAAUGGUCGUUCAAGAAAGCCAUAACGAUUCAGACCUACAGCACGUACCAUCCAAUACCGGUACCUCUUAACCUAAUGUCAAGUGCAUUUCUAUGGAUACGAUGGUUGUGGUUCAUUUGCAAGGGGCGUUGUAAAAGGCAACCUACGAAGAACACCUGGAGUAACUUAAGCUACGUAAGUCAAUUUAAUCGUUGUGUAAGACCAACUUAUAAAAUGACAAACUGUUUGCAAAAGUCUUUUCAUCAAGGCAGCGUACCGGCUUAAUAGCCGUGCCAGUUGAGGUUUAAGCACUAGCUAUUUGAUUUUAGACCUAGAAACCUUGAAAAAACUAAAAACCUGUUUUAUUAUUGUCCAGUUGGAAUGGUAAUUCGCUGAUCGAUAGUAUAAAAGACAGAGUAACGAACAACACAUAUUUACUAAAAGAAAACGAUAGAGAUAGAAAUGACUUCCCAUGUGUGUAAUGGUCUGCAUGCGUUUUAGGGCCCUUAUCCUAACACAACUAAAGAGACAAUGCAAAAACACUAAUUAACUUUAGUAUAUAUGGAACACUUAUAUGCACUGUAAAAUGUGAUUUUGACCUGGAGAUCAACGUUAAUAUAACCACUGUGACUUUAAUCCAUGAUGUUAUCAAACAUUUUUCCUUUUCAUCUUAAGCAGAACAAAUCCCUGGAUGCUGUUGUCGAAAAUCUCCAAUUUACAUAUUUUUCAAAAUAUGGAUACUUCUUUCCUUUCACAGGUGAGGAUAAUUCUCAAGUAAAAAAAUACCUUGUUUUCUGUCAGUCUGACACCAAAAGAAUAGUGUUCAUUUUACAAUAUUUUUCUUACUGUUGACUUUCUUAAAGCUUUGUUGAAUUCCUGCUCGUUUAUUCUUAAAAUUUGUCGUAAUACCCGGCAAACAAACUUUCAUUGAAAAUUUGCUUUUGGCAUAAAUUUAUCACAAAGCGAAGGAAGAGCAAACGAAAUAUCCAGGCGUUUAGUCAAAUAAUAAACCUCUUUCUGGGCAUUAUUUUUUACUUGAAGCCGCGUUUAUUUUCGAAAGCGCGGCAAUGUUAGGGAAGAAAUAUUCAUUUAGAAAUAGUCCUGAUCAGGGUCAGUGAUUAACAAAAUUCGAAGACCCGGCCGUAGCGAUCGCGAGAGUUCGAUUUGUUUAAUCACAACUAUGACAAAUUUGUGAUAGUUAUUUUAAGCUUUUUUAAAAUUGAAAUGAAAUAUAUUCCCAGAGUUUUUUGCUAAGAAGAAGUGAAAAAAUAAAAACAUUCAAGUGAGCGUUCGCUAUGGCACGUACUGUCUAAUUACUUAGGGGUCCUUAGGCAACGCGUACUGUCCUAUUACCCUGUCUUAUUAUUAGUGAGUUUACGCAACAGAACGGCAGAAAGAAGAGGACCAAUCAGGAUAGUUGAUAAACCAACUAGAUUUGAGAAUUUUGUUAUAGCUAUGAUUAAUGACAAAAUAAAAAUAAAAUAUGAAUGUACUGAGAAACUGGUUCAUGCAUUUAAAACCAGCAGGUAAGACUAUUGCAACAGUCUCCUCUAUGGAGUUCCCGACCAUCACGUGCAAAAACUCCAACGUGUCAUGAAUGCCAGUGCGCGAUUCAUCUUCUGCGCACCUAAACACUGUCAUAUUACGCCGCUCCUUAAACAACUUCACUGAUUGCUUAUCCGCCUAUGUAUCGAAAUUAAAAUCCUUUUGAUCACCUUUAAAGUACUCCAGGGCUCAGCUCCUAAAUAUCUCAUUGAUUCAAUUUCUGUUUUACCGCCAUCCCGUUAUGAUUUGCGGCGAAAUAACAAGGGAAUUCUUCUGAGCACCCCAAAGCGUUUCACAAAAGUUACCAUAGGGGAUCGAUCCUUCAUGGCGGCAGCGCUACGGCUUUGGAACAGUCUUCCCGUAAGCAUUAGAUCUGCUUGCACCAAAAAUGAUUUUAAACAGAAACUUAAGACAUUUUUAUUCAGCAAGUCAUUUUGUUAGUGCAAUUGGUUUAUAUUUAGAUUUUUAUAUAGUUUUUAUGCAAUUUACUUAUCUUAUAACCAACUGUAAAUAGUAUAGUUUUCGUCUUUGAUUCCAUAGUGAUUGUAUAGUUUUUAAACCUAUACGAAAAUAAAUAACAUUUUUCUUAAAGUUCCAUCAUUAUUUGUUAAGGAGAGAUUAAUAGUGUUAAUAGAAAUCGGUUGAAUCUUUCAUUCUGAAAAACGGGAAUAAAAAACAUAACCAACACGCAUAUAAAUAGGAACGGGCGACCUUAAAUUUUAAAUUUUUUUAGGUGCCUGUGAGGACAAUUAAAAACUAUUUCAUCAUUUAAUUCUAUCUUGUUUUUGUUUUGUUGUUGCUUUGACUAAUUAGAUGAAAGUAAAAUGGACCACGUUCUCCAAGAAACGGAGAGAAAUCGGCAAAUGGCGAAUCAAAUUGCCCACGCGACAUUUACCACGCAUGGAGGUGUCCUUCCUACUGGCCCAAAGGUAAAAAUACUACAGGAUGUGAAACAGUCUUUGAAAAGGCGGGCAUAGUCGUUAUGGUUAGGCAUAAUUUAAGAGUUGUUAGUAUUAGGCAAGCUCUUAAGAACAACGGAAAAUAGUACGCAUUAAAACUUAAAAAUAUUCAUUUCGUUCACUCCGCUCACCCUUUUUCAACCGAUUUAUUAACAACAAAAAACACUGGUACAUUAGGAUGGUUAAAUAGCUGGGAAUAAGACUUUUUAAUAUGCGCGCUUAAGGUCUACAAAAACUAUCAGUGGAUUGCAGGAGCCGUAAGCGAGUGCGUCACUGAUAACAACAACAUAAGCUUUUUUUGCAUGACCAUGAAGGUAUUACACUAUUGCAAAAGCUACAACAGUACUCUAAGUUUAAUUACUAAUAAAACUUAUUAAUGUAAAACAUUAAAACAUUACAAAACAUAAAAGUUCCCAUUCAUUCAUUGAUAUUAAUUUGUUUGAAGUCAGGUAUUUCAGUUUCUAUUUUGGAGAAAAAUUCGUCUCUAAUCUGAGAAUAUGCUUUACAAUCCGGCUAGCAAGAAAUGAUUUUCAUCUUAAAUUUAUUACUGUUGCAAAAUUAACAUAUCCUUUCAUUGCGAGGAAUUUUUUCUAAGUUGAUGACUACUUAUUCUAAUUUCAACUAAUUCUUUCCUUGAGGGUUUUUUUCUUGUUAAAACUAGGUAAGGCGAGGGGCUAUAGUCCUUUUGGUUGUACAAUAAAAACUGAGUUUUUGUUAUUGUUGAAGUGUCUGGCUCCAGGGACGGUUUAUUGAGGCGCUACGCCUACAUACCGUUUAACUAGAGUCAUUCAAUGAAUUUUAAGAAAAGUGACAGUUUAGAUCGCAGUAGUCAUGAGAUUAGAGUAAAAGCUAUUAUUUCCGCUAUAAUAAAGGACAAUUGAAAUUUUUAAGGCUUGUUUAAUUAUAGAAUCUUCAUCUUUACCUUUCAAAUAGCUUAUAAGUAAUUUAGGCAAUGUGGAAUCUACUUGUUUUAUUCGAUGAACAGAAAGAAAGACACGAGAAACUUGCCUCUAAACGCUCGACUGUUCGAGGAUUUGAGCCACUUCAGGGAUUUUGCAAGUCAAAAACACUACUUUUCGUCUUGGCUUCUUUUUAUCUUUUUUUUUUCGUAAUUGUAAACAGUUUCUUCUCUUUAUUUUUCCUAGGCCUUCACUUGCUCAAAGCAGAAGAGUCAAAUGAACACUUUCAAAACUAUGAUUCUUUCGUAGCGAUAGCAGCGUUAACCGUGCGCGUUUUGGAGAUUUGCUCCUGUUUAAGCAUUUGCUAGUCUCGUUUUCUCCUUUUUUCGUACCUGCAAACAAUCCUACUGAACGUUUUUUCGAGGCCUUCACUUCCUUGUUCGGAGGAAAAAUGAUCAGCACAGUCGCUUAAUGCGCGGCCACUUAGGUGUGACCUCAAAUCCUUGUUUCGGCUUCUUUUCUUUCUGUGUAGCUUUAAGUAGCUUGAAAUAUCCGUUAAACAGAGCACUGGUGGAAAGAGGGGAGGCCCACCGCUGACCUCAGGUUCGUCAGUCUAAUGUGUACUGUUGCGAGUUACUGACCUCCAAUAAGGACCUUUAGUUUUUUACCUUUGUCAAUCCAACUUGAGCUCGCAAACAUUUUAAAAACAUGGAACCAUAUAAGACAAAGAAAACAAUUUGCCGUGACGCCAUUCGUGUAUCCGUGCCCUAGCAGGGCGCGUGGCAUUCAGAUAAUUGUAUAUAAACUGUGAGACAUUCUAGUCUUUUUGGAUUAUUACGAUAGGCUUCGGACCCGACCAGCAACCCUUAGGGGUUAAUUUCCAGUGUCGCGCAAUUUUCACGUGCGUACGUGGGUAAAAUUUACGUUCGCAGGUAAAACAGAGGCAAUGCAUGAAAGGUAGCUCGUAAGCGUAAAAGUUGAACCUCACUUAACUUCUAGACUUUCUAGCUUAAGCUCAAUACUUUUUAUCUUGCCUCUAUUUUACUUACGUGGUUAAAAUCUAUUUACGUUAACGUACGUUGCCAAAAUCACGUCAGUGAAAAUUAACCUUUACUCCUUUAAAAUCUGUCGGACGUUAGAGAAACUUCACAAUAUUAAAGAGAUUGGGGGACGUAGAGCCCGGUGUAGUGGUCUAUCUCUGCUAGCUUUGGUCGGCCUAGGGAUUAACUUGAGACAAAAAGCGACCUACGGUCAGAAGUCAGGCUUUUUGCGGGUGCUAGCAUGCGUAGCAGUCAUUUCCUUUCCUCUUCAACAGAAGGGAAAAGCUAAAUGUGGUUAAAGGAAAACGGAAACGACCGCUUGAUCCGGUUAGCCGGGUGCUUAAACCCUCACUAAGAAAUUCAGGGACAGGCAUUCAGGACCCAGCGCAUGCUCGGUAAUUCAAUGUUAGGUUAAGCUUACGUAGGAGAAGUUAACUACAGCAUUAAGGUAUAAAAACGUGUUUUACAGGCCUGGCAAAGCCAAGGAAUAAGAGUGCAAGGAUGCCUUUUAACUUGUGAAGGAAGUUUGUUUUGCUCCACCUGUAAAGACGAUCCAGCCGAAUACCACGGUGCGAGAUACAUCUUUCCUUUCUCUCCAGAGACUCCCCAUUUUGAGGUGCGUUCCCUAAUUAAUACCAAGUCAGUAAAAGGCUUCUUUUCGUCAAAAAUGAAACAGAUAGGAUGAAACCCCAUGAAUCCGACUACCGUUAGGCCAAGGAAUCAUUAACGACGUUUCCAGACUGAGAUAAUGACUGAGAAGUUUAUCGUUUGGGCCAGAAUAAUGUGCUCGUACUAAAAAAAGUGGUAAGAAAGUACCGAGGGCUGCAAAAUAGCGUAGAAACACUAACAAACCAGUGGCUAAGUUGAAGAUAUUAACUGUGUCCAUCAUAUAGAUUAAUUUCAGCAGAGCUCACACGCAAAUGGAAGUCUUUGAUUUGAUAAACAGCAACUGACCUACGAUGAAACCCUGCGGUACAGCAAAAUGAACUUGUGUAGUGGAAGAUUCUACGCUACCGAUACACCUUUCACUAAGAGUAGAUUGAAACCACAUGAAUGAUUUGAUGACAAGCCCAUAUGCUUGUAAUUCUUGCAUUAAGAUCAGGCCAUUAACCAAGCCGAAAGCUUUGCAGUAAACAAAUUAAGAUCACAACACUCAUGUGACCACUCUGCUUCUACUAACGAGGUGGUCGUAAGCCAAACACUAAAGUGUUUUUAAAAAGGGGCUGUGUCAGGGCUUUCUUGUUCAUUUUGUUGAUAAUGCCAACUACGCGUCCUUGUUUGGUAUGGAACUUGAGAAAUUACUUGUGAAUGACAGCGUCACAGCUUCGUGUGAACCAAAUAUGUCUUCCAAGCAUUAAAUCAAAUCACUUUAAACGAUACAAACAACAAAAAUGAACUUCAAAAGGCUAUUACGUCCAAAAAAAAAUAAUGAAAAAUAUUAAAAAACACACACACAAUUGCCAUUCGUUUCAGUCUUCCUCAAGUUUGUCAACCCGUGCCUCCUGUAUUUACCAUGUUAUUUAUACCUCUUUCUAACGACCUAACCGGUUAAUUUAAUGUUACACUCAAUUGGUGGUAGUUCCCAUCGAUUGAAUUUUGAUAACUGUCAUGACUCGUGUCAGCUCCUUUAAUAGGUUUUUAUCAUUACUUAAAAUAAAGGUCUUUACGUGGCCCUGAGGCUUAGGGGAAUAAUACAAAAGAACUGACCUAUUCAUCCUUGAACCUCAAAAGGCGAAACAUUCCCUGAAGAAAGCGAUUAUUCCUAUCAUCAUCAUCAUCAUCAUCAUCAUCAUCAUCAUCAUCAUCAUCAUCAUCAUCAUUAUUAUUAUUAUUAUUAUUAUUAUUGUUAUUAUCAUUAUUAUCAGUAAUUCAUUCAAAAUAUUUUUCAUUUUCUAACCGACUUAAAUCUCUCGGAUAAUUUUUCAUACCCAGCUGGCCUUGACCAAAUUUUGAAAAAAAUGUUCAAUUAUUGGAUGGUUGGCGUCAAUCGUCUUAUAAUAUGAAAAUUAUUGGUCGCGUGGCGUCAAGCCAAGAUAGCGGCACGGCGACUCAGCUGUUUACUGUACGGCUCAAGAGAAAUUUGGCAUCGAUCUCAGUAACAGACCAAUUUCGAUAUACUACUGAAAAUUGGCACUUGGCUUCGAGGCCCCAGGGAAUAAAACAAAUUAAAAGAAAUAACCUCAAGGUUCCGGGAUGAAUAAUAAUAUAUAUCGUUUUUUUUUAUUUCCUCAAGCAUCUGAGCCGAUUAUCAAUUUUAAUAUAUCGAAAUUGGUCAGUCUAUUGAAAGUUCAUAACGUAGCCCUAUCCAAUCAUUGAGGUCUAUCAAGCUUACAGUAACCAAUUUAGCACUUUUUGAAUAGGUUCUCAUUCAAGAAACAGGAGGACGAAGAAUCAGUGGUGUAGGCGUUGUUGGGAAGGAUUAUGGAAAUCAUGCCCUGCCAGGAUGGUGCUAUGGAACCGUGGGAUAUCACAUUGAUGAUGGACGAAUAUUUGACGCAAAUAAUCCUACAAAAGGAAUAGAGUAUGAAGGCAAGGGAGUACAAUUUUUUUUCUCCUCGAUCUAUAGAAUUUAGUAGAGAAGAGACGUUAGUGAUUUAAAAGCAUCGCACUUUCGUAACGUAAAUAUGGGAAAUCAAUUUUUGGAAAAAUGUUUUCUUAAACAAGAUAAAGAGUAAUUUUCAAUGCAUGUAAAGAGACAGCUCCUUUUAAUGUCUUGUCUGCGAUAACAUGACUGAAAAGACGUCGAUCAUUUCCCCGCAAUCGAUCGCAAGGUUGAGAAAGCCUUGUAUACACAGCCGACGCUAAAUCAUGUGGGGUGCGAGGUUAUUGUAUUUUCAGGGCAUAAAAGGAGCCGCUUUUGACGUUUUCAGCCUUACUAGUAUGCAUAGCGCCGUAACAAGUGAACCUGAUUUGCUGCGAGUUUCUUGGUAGCAGGGUGGUUCGAGCGACAAACGAUGUACAGGAUCGUGGGUUUUAAUGUUGAAGUAGAGGAACGCAUGAAAUGACCAUAUUUGCCAUCCUUCAUUUGACAAAAAUUGAUAGAUACUGAGUGCGCAAAGAUUGGCCAGCUGAUAAUAGUUUCUGGCGGUUUAAAUUGAAUGUAAGAGCUAACAAUGACUUGCAAUUUGUCAGUGAUAUCAGUUCUUAUGAUAUCUUUGUAGACGCCAUGGCCUACAGAGGGGACUUGAUUCGUUGCACAGUCAACUUUGAUAUGGCAAAAGAUGGAAAAGUUCCAAUCGUAUUUUCUUUAAACGGAAGGCAGAUUACUCAGAAUGAGAUAAAGAUUGACUACAUACCAAAUGAGAAAUCUCUGUACCCCUACAUUGGCAUAGGACACGAAGGAAUCAGAGUACUGGCCAUGGUAUAA